UAAAUAUUUCCGACCAGGCCUUCCGUCCAGAGCAACGGUGUCGGUUUCUGGACUUUCUAUUCAGGUUUGCGUUGUUUAAACUCCGAUAAUGCCGUAUGCUAACCAGCCGACGGUGAAAAUUACAGAACUGACGGACGAAAAUGUCAAGUUUGUCAUUGAAAACACGGAUUUGGCGGUUGCAAACUCUCUCCGUCGUGUCUUCAUGUCAGAAGUUCCUACAAUAGCCAUUGACUGGAUCCAGAUUGAUGCCAAUUCAUCUGUGCUACAUGAUGAGUUCAUCGCACACAGAGUCGGCCUCAUACCUCUCACCAGCGAUGACAUCGUGGAUAAAAUGCAGUAUUCACGGGACUGUACCUGCGAUGACUUCUGUCCGGAGUGCUCAGUGGAGCUGACCCUGGAUGUCCGAUGCACUGAGGAUCAGACUCGUCACGUCACCUCACGGGAUCUGUUGUCCAACAACCCCAGAGUUAUCCCGGUGACGUCCAGGAGCAGAGACAAUGAUCCGAACGACUACGUUGAGCAAGACGACAUUUUGCUGGUGAAGCUUCGUAAAGGUCAGGAACUUCGGCUCCGGGCGUACGCCAAAAAAGGUUUCGGUAAGGAACACGCCAAGUGGAACCCGACAGCAGGGGUGUCCUUUGAAUAUGACCCAGACAACGCUCUCAGACACACCGUCUAUCCACGACCAGAGGAAUGGCCAAAGAGCGAGUACUCAGAGAUUGAGGAGGAUGAGGUUCAGGCCCCCUAUGACCCCAAUGGAAAGCCUGAAAGGUUCUAUUACAACGUGGAGUCAUGCGGCUCUCUUCGGCCCGAGACGAUCGUCAUGUCGGCGUUGGCUGUUCUGAAGAAGAAGCUGAGCGACCUGCAGACGCAGCUGAGUCAUGAAAUCCAGAGCGACGUCCUCACCAUCAACUGAAGAGCUCCCACCGGCCGGACCUGCAUUCAACCUGCUUUUCCAGGGAGCUUCCAGGUUUAACUGCAGGCCGAGGAUCAGGCCUGUUAUCAGACGGGUUGACCCAUAAAAUUUGUAUGAAUUCGUUUCUAAUUAUAGAAUUAGUUUAACAUGCAUUUUUCAGGUGUCAGCAGCCAGAACUGUGUCCUCUGCCACAGGUAACGGAGGUUGAUAGAAACAUACUUCAGGUUAAACUGAUGGACGAUUAUUUUCUUCAUUUUUUUUAUUUAAUAAAUCUGCUUUGAGGA